GGCUCUACAACAGCAACAAAAGACUUGGGUGCGUCCGACUAUCUCAACUUCGCUCCGCUCAACAACAUUUCUGAUGAUCCGAAGUUAUCUUCGAUCUUUCGUGGUUUGAAAUUUCGUGUCGGCGGUCUGGGCGACGACGUUAAAGCUCAAACUGUAAAGGAGCUGCAAUCUGGGGAAGGUAAAGUGGUACCAUCCUCUGAUGAACAGCCUAUCCACAUUGAAUUCGAUCAGGUCUAUCCCAAGGAUAGCUACGAAGAGGCAGUGACAGUAUUUUGGGUUGCCCAACUCAUCAAAGAGUUUGGUGGAAAGGUACAAGAGACGUUAACCAGAAGGAAUCGCGGUGAUCAGCUAGCCGUUACUCACGUCAUCGGAGGUAGUGAAGGGGAUCGCGUGAUGGAAGCACGGCGACAGAAAUUCAAGGAGAGGCGUAUGCGUUCGUAUGAGGAAGAAUGGGACGAAGAAAUUUUGUGGCCUGAAGCAACAAGGAAUAGUCGUCUUCGCAGUAGCGGCUUGGGGAAGUCUUCGGUACAAGAAGCUCCCAGAGACGACUUCUCCGAUUUGAUUGUUGAUGAGCUGCAAACAGAUAGGACACCUGAGCAAACUCUCCUCAAGAGGAGACCAGCAACAACACGCCAGUUUGAGGAGAAGCGACGAAUCGGAAGUGCUCAAAACAUCUACGCCGAUAUCUGCUGUUCCUUCGCGUUUACGACCUAUGAAGUUAAACGAAAGAACGCUCGACAUGAACAAACCCUUCAAACCAAAACCGACUUCUUAUGGUUGGCCGUAUUUGAAGAAGUGGCUGUUAGACAGCUGCCCGAGUAUAAGCCUCAUGGCGGAGUGCUCCUGUCAGCUGCACGCUCUUGCCGAUUGUCGUCAAAUUCCAUCCUCAAUCUGGAAGAACCGUUAGAUGCUACGCUUCCG